AUGGGACUGUCAAUAGUUGCACAAGUAGAAGGAAUCUAUUAUCCCAUUCUCGCAGCGGUUGGUGUUCCAGCCAACUCAUUGACAAUUGCAAUUCUUUCGCGUGGAAAGUGUGGACUGUCCAAAUGCAUCACAGCAUACCUGAUGGCCAUGGCAGCAGCAGAUCUACUAGUGCUAAUAUUUAGUAUAAUACUGUAUGAAAUCAGUGAAAUUUAUUUCCCAAAUUGCUUCCUGAACUAUUCAAUCAUCUGCAAACCAAAACAUGUUGUGGGAUUUGUUGCUGUUGAUUUAUCAGUCUGGUUAACUGUCUCUUUCACAUUUGACCGAUUUGUGGCGAUCUGUUGCCCAAGGCUAAGAGUGCAAUAUUGUACUGAAUAUACAGCCACAGUCGUUAUCACAACAGUGUGCACACUAUGUAUUUUAGAAAAUGCCCCUAUUUAUUUUGCAUAUGAACCUGGGAAAACAAUUAAUGAUACAUCUUGGUAUUGCAAUUUAAAGUCAAGUUUCUAUACCACAGAAGGCUGGGUUGCAUAUUCCUGGGCUGACAGUAUUUUAACGCCAUGUGCCCCAUUGAUCUUGAUUUUUCUGUUCAACAUUCUGACCAUCAAACAUAUUUUAGUGGCUAGUAAAAUAAGAAAGUCUCUUCGGGGUAGCAAUAAUAUUGAGAAGCAGCAUGACCCAGAACUACAGAACCGAAGAAAAUCCAUCAUAUUAUUGGUUACAAUAUCAGCCAGUUUCAUUCUUCUCUGGAUGACUGCCUAUUUUUAUUUCAUAUGUGUAAACAUCACAGAUGCUCAACAUUUUGGCAAUGACUUGUCACAUCCUCUUGCUGUAAUGGGGCAGGUAGGCUACAUGCUUCAGCUUUUCAGUCCUUGCACAAAUACAUUUAUUUAUGCAGUGGCACAGACAAAGUUCAGAAUAGAGUUAAAAUGUGUACUUUGCUAUCCUUUCAAUCUAAUUAGAACAUGCAUCAAUGUCUCAUUAUCAUAACACAUUCUCACAACUGAGAUCACAACUGAAACAAUCAUACCAUAUUAAUUCAUAACAAGCUAAAUGGUCAUAUGCAUCUUUGCUUUGAUUAUUAGCAUGAAUCAUUAAUACAGUCAUAGAGUCCAACAGCACUGAGACAGGCCAUUCACUCCAAACUGCUCCAAAAUGUCCAUCUACUUGAAUUCAAUUUCCCUGCACUUGUCCCCUGUCCUUCUAAGAUAACAAGGUGUGCAACUGGAUGAACGCAGCAGGCCAGGCAGCAUCAGAGGAACAGGAAAGCUGAUGUUUUGGGCCUGAACCCUUCUUCAGCUCCUCUAAUGUGUCCUGGCCUGCUGUCAUUACUCUUUACUCAAGUUCCACGAUGGAGUAAUUUCUUUAAAUACACUUGCACAACACACGUGUUGUGAAAACAUGUGUUUUCUUGCCUUAUUAAUUUCUGUUUUCUACCCAAAACUUAUGUAGAUCCUGGUUCAAUCCUGCUUAUUGCCCGAAUGCUGUAAUUAAUUAAUAGACCCAUCGAGCAAUAUAUGCCUUGUUUCAGCAAUUCUUAAAUGACCUUCACACUUUUAUUUUAAUUUUUUCCCCUCACUAUGGUUAGCAGACAUGAAUACAAUAUUGAUAUCUAUUUGUCCACUGACACUAUCUCUUCUGUUUUGAAUGGAACACAAAGUUACACAGAGUGCCUUUGGUUUGCUCUUGUUCAGUUCUUAUAACUAUCCCUUUUCUAUGUGUGUCACUUUUAUCUUAGAUUUGUGCACUGCUUCAUUUCCUGUCACCAGCAUUUUAUUAUUUCCAAAAUUAACAACCUUCUCAUUGACCUUGAUUUUUCUGUAUGAUCUAAAUCUAGAUUCUAUAUGAUAUGAACCCAUUUAUCUGAAAAUACCCUUCUAUUUUGCUAAUUACACUGUUGUCAAGAAAUUCAGUCUGGUAUGUCUUCCUUUGGCGACUGGUCCAUCACUACACAUUCCAUUUUUCUCUGUGAAUCUCACUCUCAAAAAGAUGCAUUUCCUUCACACCAGUCUUUCAGCCACCCAUUCAUCUCUGAAAUUUAACUUGUCUUCUCUUAAUUUGUACUUGGCCCUGGUAAUAACAUACAGAGGACAGCAUUUGAAAUUCCACUUCUUAUUCUGAGGCUUAGCUCCUCAUAUGGAGGAAUUGUAGCAAAUGAGCAUUAUAUUUGCUG